AAGCCUGCCUUUCCCUACCCCCCCUUUCCCUCCCUCCCCCUUUCUUUCUCUCUAUCUCAACCCCCUCUCGCUCUGUCCCAGCAGUGGAACGAUUUCUGGGCGUGAAGAAGCCUGCUUUUCCCUAGCCACUAACUCCCAUUCUUCCCGUUUCUGUUCGCUCGCCCCCGUCUCUCCCUCCUCCCCUCACUUUCUGUGCGAGCAGGGCCACGACUGGGCGGCAGUGGAGCGAUCCCUGGGCGGCCACGACUGGGCGGCAGUGGAGCGAUCUCUAGGCUGGCAGCUGCAACAGUGGAAAGACCUUUUGGGGACUCAAGGGAAGGUUGAUGAACUGCCUGCACUGGAGGGCAGAGCGUCAUACUUUGGUCCCCCUUGCCCUGCUUCAUCCCUCAUCCCUUCCUCUCCCUCCGCUCCUUCGGUGGCAGCUUCAGCAUUGGAGGCAGCAGCAAAGAGCUUCCCUGGUCUUAAAGCCCGGAUGAGGAACUACCUGCGGCAGAGGGCAGAGGCAGCAGCACAGAGCGCGCUGUACGGGGAUGGGGAGGAGGACCCGGAGGAGAGUGGGGCGGUGCCAGUGCUGCGACCUGAUUGGCUGGUUGUGGAGAGAAUCGUCAAUGCCAAGAAGAGUCGCAAGGGGCAGCAGGAGUACUUAGUUAAGUGGCGGGAGUUGGGGUAUGAGGAGGCCACGUGGGAGACAGAGGAGGAUUUGCGGAGCAAAGGAAGAGGCCCGGCCGGUGGCAUGAAGGAAGAGCCAAAGGAGGGGCUAAAGAGUGGGGUGAAGGAUGGGACGAAGGAUGGGGCGAAGGGUGGUGAUAAGGGGAAGAAAAGUUCAGGAGGAGAUGGGAAAGGGAAGAAGGUUGUGAGAAAGAAAGGAGAGGAGGAGAGUGGUGAGGCAGUUGUAGAGGGUUACGAGGAGGCUCUUAAGGAGUAUGAGGAGAUGAUGGCGAGAGGACCCAAGGCAGUGGCGUGGGGGCUGGUGGGACAGGGAGAGGGAGCGGGUAAGGAGGCAGAGAGGGGAGUGCAGAAGAGGAAGCGCAUGGAGUUCAAGGAAACACCCGGCUUUCUGAAAGGUACGCUGCACCCGUACCAGCUGGAGGGGCUCAACUGGCUGCGAUUCGCCUGGCAGCAGAAGCAGCACGUGAUUCUGGCGGACGAGAUGGGGCUGGGCAAGACAGUGCAGGCAAUCUCCUUCCUCGCAUCGCUGCACGAGGAGAGGGCCACAGCACUCCCUCACAUGGUGGUGGUGCCGCUCUCUACUCUGCGCAACUGGCAGCGCGAAUUUGAAACUUGGGCGCCCCACCUGCGCGUGGUGAUGUAUGUUGGUACAGGGGCAGCAAGAGCAUUGAUCCGAGAGCACGAGUUCUUCUUCCCCUCCUCCUACACGCCUCCUCCUCCUCCUUCAACCAAGGAUACGCGCACGCAAGGGAAGCAGGUGCAGGGCGGGAAGAAGGGGAAAGGUGGCGAGAAAGGGAAGGGUGGAGAGAGCAAGAAGCGUGGAGACAAAGGGAAAGGUGGGAAGGUCGGGAGGGAGGUAUCACGAGGGGUGCAGCGGCCGAAGAGGAAACGAAAGAGUGGGAGGAUGGUGCUGUCUUCUGAGUCUGAGAAGUCUGAGGAGCCCUCUGGCGGGUCAGAUGGGGAUAGUGAGGAUGAGGUGGAAGAGGUUGGGGUGCUGGAGGAUAUGGAUGGAAGAGGCAAGGAGGAAAGGGAGGAGGAGGAAGAGGAGGAGGGGAACGAAGAGGACGAGGAGGAGGAGGAAGAUGAAGAGGAGGAAGAGGAGGAGGAUGAGCAGGCAGGCAAGGGUAGACGCAGGCAGAUGGGGACCAGGACCUCUUCUCGUGUCAUGAGGAGGCAAGAUGGGGAGGCUGGGAGCAGGGGUGUGAUGAGAAGCGAGAGUACAGGGAGGGCUGUUAGGGGUAGGGAGAAGGGCAGGCUAAGAGAAACGAAGGGAAAGAAGGAUAUAGGGAAGAAGAGAGGAAGGGAGAUGAAGCAACAGAAGCAACAGAAGGAGCGGAAACGACGGAGGGGAGAGUCAGCAUCGUCGUCGGAUGAGUCUUCAGAUGAGGAUGAUGAGGAGUAUGUGGUGGUUGCAGAGGAGGGGAGUGAGGAGGAGGAGAAUGAGGAGGAGGAGAGUGAGGAGGAGGGAAGUGAAGAGGGGAAUGAGAAUGAUGAGGAGGAGGAAGAGGACGAGGAGGAAAUGCCCCUGAGCAAGCGGGCAAAGGUCAGGCGCAGUGGGAAGGGCAGUCAUCGUGGAAAGGGCAAGCCCCACAGCGCAUCAGCAGGCAGAAGCAAGGGGGGCGGCAGCAUCAAGGGGGGCAGCAAACGCAUUCCCCCUGGUGGGCGCAUGCAGCAGCAAGAGCAACUGUCUCGGCAGGAGCGGGUGCGGUUUGACGUGCUGCUGACGUCAUACGAGGCGGUGAACAGUGACUCGCAGCAGCUGAGGCAGGUGCGGUGGGGGUGCCUGCUGGUGGACGAGGGGCACCGCCUCAAGAACAAGGAGAGCAAACUGUUUGGCACGCUGCAGAGCUACUCCUCGCUGCACCGCCUGCUGCUCACCGGCACUCCCCUGCAGAACAACCUGGACGAGCUUUUCAUCCUCAUGCACUUCCUGGAUGCCGAUAAGUUUGCGAGUCUGGAGGGAUUUCAGGGCGAGUUUCAGCAGCUGGGGCAGGAGGAGCAGGUAGCCAAGCUGCACCACCUGCUGGCGCCUCACCUGCUCAGGAGGCUGAAGAAGGACGUGUUGAAGCAGAUGCCGCCCAAGAAGGAGCAGAUUCUGCGUGUGGACUUGGCGCCGCUGCAACGCUCGCUGUACCGAGCUGUGCUCACCCGCAACUACCAGGCACUCACCAAGGCAUCGGGGCAGCAGGUAUCCCUGACCAACACGAUGAUGCAGCUGAGGAAGGUGUGCUGCCACCCGUUCCUGGUGGAGGGCGUGGAGGAGCAGCACGGAGGGGGAGACACGCCCGCAGAAGCCAGCCGGCGCAUGGUGGCAGCAUCGGACAAGCUGGCCCUGCUGGAGCGAAUGCUGGAGCGGUUGAAGGCGGGGGGGCACCGCGUGCUGGUGUACUCUCAGUUCAAGCGCAUGCUGGACCUGCUGCAGGAGUGGCUCAUGGGCAAGGGCUGGGGGUGCGAGCGCAUAGACGGCAGCGUGAGCGGCACGGACCGGCAGCAGCGCAUCGACCGGUUCAAUGCUCCCGGGUCUAGCCGCUUUGUGUUCCUGCUCUCCACUCGCGCUGGUGGGCUGGGGAUCAACCUCGCCACUGCUGACACUGUGAUUAUAUACGACAGUGAUUGGAACCCCCAUGCGGACCUGCAGGCCAUGGCUCGCGCGCACAGGCUGGGGCAGACCCAAACGGUGAUGAUCUACCGGCUGGUGACGAGGGCGACAGUGGAGGAGCGGAUGGUGCAGAUGAGCAAGAAGAAGAUGGUGCUGGAGCACGUGGUGGUGGGGAAGCUCAAACAGUCCAACCUCAACCAGGAGGAGUUGGAUGACAUUCUGCGAUUCGGAGCCAAGGAGCUGUUUGAAGAGGACGAGGAGGAGGAAGAGGCGAAAGGAGGAGAGGAAGGAGGGGAGGGAGGGGAAGAGGGGAAAGGGGCAAAGGAGGGAGAGGGGAAGAAAGAGGAGGAAGGAGGUGUGGAGGUGGCAAAAGGCAAGGCUGGAGAAGGAAGUAAAGAUGCUGACAAGUAUGCUGACAACAAGGAUGCUGACAAGGAUGCUGACAAGGAUGCUGACAAGAAUGCUGACAAGGACACUGUCAAAGGAGCAGCUGAGGAUGAGAACGCAAAGGGAAAGAAGAAGCAGAAGAAGGAGAGCCGGCGGAUUUACUACGAUGAUGCUGCCAUUGACAGGCUGUUGGACCGCAGCACAGUGGGCGAGGAGCAAGCAGAGGAUGAGCCAGACAACGACUACCUCAAGGCAUUCAAGGUUGCCAAUUUCAGCUUUGUAUCCGAAGCAGAUCAAGCCGAGGCGGACGCAGAGAAGGAGAGAGAGCUGGAGCGAGAAAGGCAACGCGAACAGGAGGUGGCAGGGGAAGGGGAGAGAGACGGCAAACGCUUAGACGCUGCAGGAAGAGCCGCGUACUGGGAGUCACUGCUGAAAGACAAAUACGAGGCGGAACAGAUCGAGGCGUUUCUGGAGCUGGGGAAGGGAAGGCGGGCAAGACGACAUGUGGAUUACACGGUUGAUGGGGAGGAGGAGGGGGAGAAGGGGGGCGGGCGGAAGGGGGAGAGAAGGGGGAAGGGGGAGAAGGGGGGGGAAGGGGAGGGGGAUGAGGCAUAUGAUGAGGAUGGGGAGGAGGACGAUGGGGAGGAUGGGGAGAGUGAUGUGGAGCUGGAGGAGGAGAGUACAGGGAGGGGGAGGAAGAGGAAGGUGAGGUACGGAAAGCCGGUUCCCGCUACCUCUCUUGGUGCUGCUGUGGGAGGGACGGGAGGGGGGAGUGCGGGGGAAGCGAGGAGGAAGGUGUGGCCGUUGAUGGAGGGGGCAUGGCCGCACACCAAGGUGCUGGGGUUUACUUCCAAGCAGCGCAUGACCUUCCAACAGCUUAUUAUGCGGUUCGGAAUCGGUGAUUUCAGCUGGAAGGAGUUCGUGCCUCGGCUCAAGCCUCGCAACCUGCAGGAGAUUAAAGACUACAGCGCCCUUUAUCUGAAGCACAUUCAGGAAGAUCCAACCAGCAAAGACACAUUCUCAGACGGAGUGCCCAAGGAGGGCGUGAAUCCCCAGGAGGUGCUAAUCCGGCUGGCCCUGCUGCACCUCAUUCGCACCAAGGUGGCCGCUGCUGAGAGGACCCGGGAGAGGCUGCGGGAGAGGGCACGGGCGAGGAGGCUGGCCAAGGGUGGGAGUGCAGAGGGAAAGGGUGUGGAAGAGAGGUGUCCAAAAGCGAGUGGUGCAGAGCGUAGGGUCGCAGAGGCAGCAGCAGGAGAGGUAGCAGCAGCAGGAGAAGGAAAAGGAGAGGCUGAUAGAAAGGCGGGAGGGCAAGUGUGCGGAGGCACGGUGGGAGAAGGAAAAGGGGAUGGACCUUCAGAAAUGAAGGGCGUGACUUUGGCUGGUGGGGAAGGGGGUGAGAAGGUAGAGGGGGGGCGUGGAGGAGUGGUGGGGGAAGGGAAGGGGGAUGGACCUUCAGAAAUGGGGGCCGUGGAGGGAGAUGGGGAGGGGCAUGAGAAGCGGGAGGAGGGAAACAGUGUGCCGGGUGCGAAGGGUGAAGGAGAUAGUGGAGAGGGAGGGAUGGGAGAGGGAGAAGGUGGAAAGCAGGAGGGUGAAAAGAAGGAGGGUGAAAAGAAGCAGGGUGAAAAGAAGGAGGGUGAAAAGAAGGAGGGUGAAAAGAAGCAGGGUGACAAGAAGGAGGGUGACAAGAAGGAGGGUGAAAAGGAAGAGGGGGUGGAAGAGGAAGAGGAAGCGGUGGAGCUGGGUUGGGAGGAGUUGCUGCCAGGGCUACCAGAGCACCUGAAGAGCCACAGCCAGCUGGCACCGCUGUUCCGCACGCGACACUGGCGAGCAGAGCAUGACCUGCUGCUGCUGAAAGGCAUCACCAAGCACGGCUACGGGCGGUGGAGUGACAUCAUCAAUGACGAUAAAUUGGGCCUCGCUGACGUGGCGCGCGCUGAGCUGUCGCUGCCGCCCGCCCCGCCCCGCAACAUGAUUGGCCUUUCCCUGGAGGACAUCCCGGACGUUCGACCUACCCCAGUUGCCACCUCGGCUGCCCAGCCCACCAAUCCCGGUGAUGCACCUACCAGACCUAGUGUGGUGACCACCAAUCCUGUUGCUUCGACUAUCGGUCCUGCUGAUGCACCCACCAAACCUGAUGCUGUGACAACCAACCCUGGGGGAGUGGUUGGUGGUGGGGAGGUUGCAAUGGGUGACAUGGCAGGUUCUAGGGAGGAGGGGAGAGCAGAGGGGAAGGCGGCAGCAGUGCAAGAGGGUGCUGAGGGGGAUCGCAUGAUUGCGGGUGUGAAAGCUGAAACAGGUGCUGCUGCUGGUGCCAGUGGUGCUGAUGGUGGUGCCAGUGGUGCUGAUGAUGCUGAUAAACGUGUGACAAUGGAGGAAGGAACAGAGGGAGUGAAGGAGGAAUUGAAGGAAGAAGUGAAGGAAGAAACGAAGGAGGGAGCAAGUGAGAGGGAAAAGGAGGAAGAAAGAGAGGAAAUGAAGGAGGAAGCAAAGGAUGAAACGAAGGAGGAAACAAAGGCGGAAGUGAAGGGAGAAGUGAAGGGGGAAGCAAUGGAGGGAGGGAAGGAGGAAACGAAGGAGGAAGCAACGGACAGGGAAGCAGCGAAAGCAGAAGCAGAGAGGGUGCCAGGAGCAGCGCUGUCCCAGCUGAACCGUACGACAGCAUCAGGCUCUGCUGGUGCAGGUAGCACUGCGGCGGGUGCGACUGCAGACACAAUUCAGACGGCAAUGGACGUGGUGGCAGCGGAACUGAAGACCCGCCAGCAGCAGCAGCAGCAGCAGCAGCAGCAGCAGCAGCAGCAGCAGCAGCAGCAGGUGGGGGUGGGGAUGCGGCAGCAGCUGCAGCAGCAGCGGUUGCGGCAGAAGGAGCAGCAGGACAUUGCGAUGCAGUUGCAGCAGGGGCUGCAGCAGCAGCAGCAACAGGAGACUCAACCGCAGCAGAAGAGAAAAGAGCAGCAGCAGCAGCAGGAUCCCAAGGGCAGUGUGCCAUGGACAGAGCCAUAUGUGAUCGGCACUCCUGCCACUCGUGCUUCUGCCCCAGCUGCCACCGUAACUGCUGCCCUUGCCAGUCACCUGCAAGCUACCUCCUCCGUCAAGGCCCCUCAAAACCAGGCCGAAGCUGGAUUAGCAGCACCUCAGAACCGAUCGGAAUCUACUUCCAAGGAGCCGCAAGAGGAGGCGGAGUGUGACCCGUAUGUAGCGCUCAUCCGCCGCCUCAACGCCGAGGCUGAGGCAGCAGCAGGCGAGAAUGCAUCCUCUGAUCCCGAGGUUGCGGCUGUAGCAACAGGAGAAAAUGCAUCUGUUGAUCCUGAGGUGGAGGCUGUAGCAGCUGGGGGGGAUGCAUGUUCUGAUUUUGUUGCAGGAGGGGGGAGUGAGAGUGCUCCUGCGAAUACUGCAGAUGAGGUUGUAGCGACGAAAGGCAAUGGGGAUGCAUCUGCCACACGUACGCGUGAUCCGGUUGUAGCAGCUGCGGGGAGUGAGAGACCCAAUGUGAUUGCUGCUAUGCCUGCUGCAUCAGCUAAGCUUAAAGGGAGACCUUCUGGAGCAGCAGAGUGUGAGAGGUCUGAAGCUUCUGAUGCAGCGGGGGCGUCUGAUGCAGGUGGAGCAGGUGUUGCAGCAAUAGAUUGUAGUGAAGAACCCAAGUCCGCUGCUAGCGCUGCCGCUUCUGCUGCUCCUCUUGCUUCUCCCACUCCUCCUCCUCCUCCGGCCGGGUCUCUUUCUGCUGACGGUGGUUCUGCAGAGCGAAUCACGCAGGUCCAGGAGCCGGCCGCGCAGGGUCACUCGGGUGGUGACGUGGAUGAAGGAGGCAGCCCCAUAGCGAGCACAAAAGCAUGGGGAAUCCAAGAGAAAGAAGCACUGGAAGAGGCGCAGCAGAGAAGGCUCCCAACGGAGAAGGCUGAAGGAGAGGGAGCUGAUGCAGAGCAGCAGAAGGAAAGAAAGAGUAAGUCGGAGUCCGGAGGAGGAGGGGAUGCACGGCAGAGACAGGAGGGUGAGGAGUCUCCAGGAAGUGACGAGAUGGUGGUGGAGGUGCGAGUGUCAGCAGAGCGAGCAGAGAGAGGGGACUCUGUUGUCGAGCAGCGUGUAGCGCCUUGGGGAAAGAGUGUUGGGGCGGGCCAAGGUUCGACAAGAGUGGCAGCAGAGAAUGGCAACACGGUUGUUGAGGGUGGUGGGAAGAAGAGUGUGGAUGGGAAGCAGGCUACAGAGGAGAAUGGUGAGCAGAGCUGCUCCGGUGAGAAGUGCUCGGCUGGAACAGGCCAAGAGGAGGCUUGCCUGGAGAGCCCACGGGAAGGAAGGUCCCAAAAGCAGGAGCAGCAGCAACAGCAGCAGCAGCAACAGCAGCAACAGCAGCAGCAGCAGCAACAGCAGCAACAGCAGCAGCAGCAGCAACAGCAGCAACAGCAGCAGCAGGUGUUACAAGGGGAAGGUGUGCCGGAUGUGAAACAAGAGCAGCAACAGUUGAGUGGAGCCGAGCCGGCAGUGGUGGCUGUAGAUGAUGAUGAGGAGAUAAUUGACUUGUGUGAUGAUGAUGACGAGUGA